UUGAAUACUCCGCUCUGCUCUCCUCCAGCAAAAUCCACAGAGCAGAACAUACAGGAUGGUUCAACGGUCGGCCGGCCAGGGCGCGCGGCGGGGCCAGGGCCGGCAGCGGCACGACCACCCGACGGCGGCGAGGUCGGGCGGCGGGGGGAGGCGGCAUUACCAGCAGGAGCUGCUGCUGGGGCUGCACAGCAGCAAGGGCAAGGGCGCGUGCCGGUUCAAGCGCAGCUGCUUCAGCGAGGAGGAGGACGCCGCGUCGUCCGCCAUGCUGCUGCUCGCCUGCGUCGUCUGCGCCCCCUCACUUUGAUUACCAUCCAUACCCCAUGGUGAUCUCGAUCGUGGAAACGAUCGCUAGCUUAAGUAAUUGUUCUCUCAAUUCUCUCUGUGCUGCUAGUAAUUACUGUGUACUGUAUCCAGAUAACUGUGAUGUGAAUUAUAUGUACUCGUUUGAUCACGGAGAUAUAAUAGAGCCGUUGUUCUCGCCGUGUGCUUAA